AUGUCAACGUUCGGGAAGCUGUUCCGCGUCACCACAUAUGGUGAAUCGCAUUGUAAGUCUGUCGGUUGUAUUGUCGACGGUGUUCCUCCAGGAAUGUCGUUAACUGAAGCUGACAUUCAGCCACAACUGACCAGGAGAAGACCGGGUCAAUCUAAACUAUCGACUCCUAGGGAUGAAAAGGAUAGAGUAGAAAUCCAGUCCGGUACCGAGUUCGGCAAGACUCUGGGUACACCCAUCGCCAUGAUGAUCAAGAACGAGGACCAAAGACCACACGACUACUCCGACAUGGACAAGUUCCCUAGACCAUCCCAUGCAGACUUCACGUACUCCGAAAAGUAUGGUAUCAAGGCCUCAUCCGGUGGUGGAAGAGCUUCUGCCAGAGAAACCAUUGGUCGUGUCGCUUCAGGUGCCAUUGCUGAGAAAUUCUUAGCUCAGAACUCUAAUGUCGAGAUCGUAGCCUUUGUCACACAAAUUGGGGAAAUCAAGAUGAACAGAGACUCCUUCGAUCCCGAAUUCCAGCACUUGUUGAACACCAUCACCAGGGAAAAAGUGGAUUCAAUGGGUCCCAUCAGAUGCCCAGACGCUUCGGUGGCUGGGUUGAUGGUCAAAGAAAUCGAGAAGUACAGAGGUAACAAGGACUCUAUUGGUGGUGUCGUCACUUGCGUGGUGAGAAACUUGCCUACCGGUCUCGGUGAACCAUGCUUUGACAAGUUGGAAGCCAUGUUGGCCCACGCCAUGUUGUCCAUUCCAGCUUCCAAGGGUUUCGAAAUCGGCUCAGGUUUUCAAGGUGUCUCCGUUCCAGGGUCUAAGCAUAACGACCCAUUCUACUUUGAAAAAGAGACCAAUAGACUGAGAACGAAGACCAACAAUUCGGGUGGUGUGCAAGGCGGUAUUUCCAAUGGUGAGAACAUCUACUUCUCUGUCCCAUUCAAGUCCGUGGCUACUAUCUCUCAAGAACAAAAAACCGCCACUUACAAUGGUGAAGAGGGUAUCUUAGCCGCUAAGGGUAGACAUGACCCUGCUGUGACUCCAAGAGCUAUUCCUAUUGUGGAAGCCAUGACCGCUCUAGUGUUGGCUGACGCCCUUUUGAUUCAGAAGGCAAGAGACUUCUCCAGAUCCGUGGUUCAUUAA